AUGAGGGCUUUGUCCGUCUCCCUCUCUUUGCUCGCCAUGCUGGCCGGCAGCGCACUGGUACGAUCCGAACCGAUUCCGGAUUAUGCGUUGAAGUACGCUCCCUACACGCAUCUCUACAGCGGGGAGUCGUGGUGGCCGUCCGACAUCUCGACCCAUCUCCAGAAUACCAUCCCCGAGGCCAACUCCACCGUUCUUGGACCGGCCGGAAGUGCGACGGUGAAGAAUCUGGAUACGUAUCCUUCCAACGAUGUAUAUCUCACUUCCAAGGACAACGUUUUCGACAACCCUGCGUGGCUGCUGUCUACGGACAACAAGCCGGACAGCAAUGGGUACUCCAAAGCCCCGGCGACUCUGAUCGCCGUCGACAAAGGCAACGGCACCGUUGACGUGUUUUACUUUUAUUUCUACUCUUACAACCAUGGCAACGAGUACGAAGAACCUCCAUCCCCAAGCAUCUUCCUGAACAAAACCUAUGGUAACCACGUCGGUGACUGGGAGCACACCAUGGUGCGAUACUUCAAUGGAACUCCUGCAUACAUCUAUCUCUCCGCACACGAUGGCGGAAGAGCGUAUAACUACUCGGCUCUCGAGCAAACGGACGGUCGUGCAACAACCUACGUCGCUGUUGGGACCCAUGCGAACUACGCAACCGCCGGCCAGCAGGAUUACGACUUGCCAUUCGGCCUGCUUCAUGACACGACGGACAAGGGACCUUUCUGGGAUGUUACGCAGAACUAUCGAGGAUUCUGGUUUGACAACAGCACCCAGACCUUCAGCUCAGCCGGCGGCAAGUCUACCGGCGGCGAAGAGCAAGCGUCAGAGGGUGCAGACUGGCUGAAAUGGUUGGGCUAUUGGGGAGAUGAACAGUAUCCCGACACCGACCCGCGACAAUACUGCAUCUUGGACAUCGAGUGCGCCUUUGUCAGUGGACCCACCGGUCCUAUAGCUAAGAAUCUGGGACGCACUGCAGUGUGCCAAAAGGAGGACGAUUGCAAGAUUGAGGACUCGCUGUGA